UGCCGACGUCCCCGAGGCCACCCUGACGUUGUCCCCGCGUGUCCCCAGUUCCUGUCCUACCAGGACCACCACGUGAACUACGGCAGCGGCUCGGGGCUGCAGGACCGCGUGGCCUUCGUGCAGACGGACCCGGGCCAGCGCGACGCCUCCAUCCGCCUGGCCGACCUGCAGGAGAGCGACACCGGCACCUACCAGUGCCGCGUCAAGAAGAACACGGUGGCCGUGCACGAGGUCAUUGUCACCGUGCAAGAGAAGCCGGCGGCCCCGCAGUGCUGGAGCGAGGGGGAGCUGAUCGAGGGGGGCUCGGUGCUGCUGCGCUGCUUCAGCCGGGGGGGCACCGCGCCCCUCUCCUACCAAUGGGCAAAGCUGGCCGAGGGCUACGGGGGGGGGCGCCUGCCCUCGGGCACCCUGCAAGGCCGUGCUCCCGGUGACCUCCUGAUCCGCAGCCUGACCGGGGCCCACGCUGGCACCUACCAGUGCCGUGUCACCAACCGCGUGGGGUACUCGGUGUGCCAGCUCAACCUGAGCCCCGGCACCCGGUGUGUCCCCGCGGCAGGCGGGCGCCAGGCCGGCAUCAUCGUGGGCUCCAUCCUCGGCUCCCUCCUCCUCCUCAGCCUCCUGGGGCUGCUCAUCUGGGCUCUGAUCGCCCGCUACCAGCGCAAGGAGUGCCAGCGGGCCUGCAGCGACUGCAGGAGCAGCACGGGUGGCACCAUGCCCCGGGGCUGUGCCACCUGCGGCCACCACUCGUACUCGCCCCAUGGCAUCAGCUACAUGCAGUGCCAGCAGUGCCAGCACGGCGACAGCGACGAGAGAGCGGCAGCGCUGCUCUGCAACGAGGGCAUCCGCCACCAGGUCACCUGUCCCGGCCUGUGACACCGCCACCAGGGUCACCUGUCCCCGCCUGUGACACCGCGACAGCGACAGCGACAGCGACAGCGACACACACAGAGAGAGAGAGCAACGGAAAGGGAUGGCAGGAGCGGCUUCUGCUGCUCGAAACUGCAUAAAAGAGAUCAAAAUGGCUCAAAAUCGCACGAUAUUCCAAAGAAAAAAUGCUCUAAAUGACAAAAAAAUGGUCAAAAUGGCACCAAAUGUC